AUGGCCCCGCACUUGCUGACAUUGGUCAUUGAGAUCAACCAUCUGGCACAUCCUGAAGUUGAAGAGCGAACCUUGGACUGGACCGGUCCUCGUGACGUUAAGAAGACCCUUGCAGGACUACUUGCGGAUGAUUUCCUGUGGAAGAGACCACCUUUCAACGAGCACGAAUUCCUGAGUCACAUAUUCUACCCCUUGAUCAAGUCGAUCAUCUGCAGCGUGGGCUCCACUAUGUUAAUGAAGGAUUAUAUCGACGACAUGCAUACCCAAGGCGUUGGCACAUCCAAGAUUAAGGUGAUCGGCUUGGUUACCGCUGGUAAGCAUCGUGCCCUUUAG